AUGCAGAUUUUUGUGAAGACUUUGACUGGUAAGACGAUCACUUUGGAAGUGGAGUCUUCUGACACUAUUGACAACGUGAAGAGUAAGAUUCAGGACAAAGAGGGUAUUCCACCCGACCAGCAGAGAUUGAUUUUCGCAGGAAAGCAGUUGGAAGAUGGCAGAACGCUCUCUGACUACAACAUUCAAAAAGAAUCGACUCUGCACUUGGUUUUGAGAUUACGUGGUGGUAUGCAGAUCUUUGUUAAAACCCUAACCGGUAAAACUAUCACUUUGGAAGUGGAGUCUUCUGACACUAUUGACAACGUGAAGAGUAAGAUUCAGGACAAAGAGGGUAUUCCACCCGACCAGCAGAGAUUGAUUUUCGCAGGAAAGCAGUUGGAAGAUGGCAGAACGCUCUCUGACUACAACAUUCAAAAAGAAUCGACUCUGCACUUGGUGUUGAGAUUACGUGGUGGAAUUUGA